AUGGGCAGAUCGCGCCGAGCUGGACGCAAGGUCCAGCUCAGACGCUUAGCACGAGCAUACGCGACCCCUGGGGUCUUUGACCCCAGGAUCUUUGACCAGCCGUUCGAGCCCCGGCAACCCUCGCUCCCGUGUCAUCCUCCUCCUCCCUCGAACCCUCCGGUUGCCCCCGGGCACCCUCACCCCCCACCACCGUACAGGCCUCCGGACCCGUGCCCGACCAGGACGUGGGCUCCGCGCCCGCCGAUCACCCCCGCACCGAGACCUCCCAGGGCCAGCCUAGCUACAACACCACCUGCGCCACCGGCAUACCCGACGACGAGGCCCCGCCCGGAAUCAGAGACCCGGCAACCAACCCUGGGACAGCGCACUCUUCGCCCCUGUAUAGUGCGGAUAGAGGCUCUCCCCCAGAAGGUCCGACUGGUAAAGCGGCCAAGGAACCAACCGCCGAAGAAGGACAUGCCGAUACUCCUCUGA